AAUUUGAAUUAUUACGCAGGCCACAGCUACACUUUAACACUUCCAAUAUAAAAACCAUGGUGGUGUGUCACAGCGUGUAUAGUGCAUCCCAACUCGGUCUUAACUAGAUCAUAUUGAAGGACUCUUCGCCAUUAUAUUCCGCACAUGAUGAGCUGGCCCUAAGUCAUUGUGUUGUUUUGUGAUGCAGACGACGAGCUAUCAGUUCUAAAGGGAUGGCUAUAAUCACAGGAGAAACAAUAUUUAUCGUAUUGGACUAACGAUAAUUCCAUCUUAAAGUUAUCCUGACAAAGCUUGACAAAUAUGGCGACCAAGGUUAAAGAGAACGGAACCACAGUGAAGACGAACAGGACCCCGGCCCCUCAGCCCCCGAUUCCGCCGGACGGAGGGUGGGGAUGGGUCAUCACGUUCUCAUCAUUCAUGGUCAGCUUCCUAGUAGACGGUGUCUGUUUCACGUUUGGAAUAUUCUUCCCGGAAUUCCUCAGACAUUUUGGUGAAAGCAAAGGAAAAACACAAAUUCUUGGAUCUGUUCUGAAUGGAGCGUACCUAUCUUUAGGUCCAGUGGCUGGAGCGCUAGUCAACAAGUUUGGAUGUCGUAAAAUCGCCAUCAGUGGAGCGUUUGUAUCCAGUAUAGGAUUGUUCCUCUCCACAUUCUCUCCUACGCUUGACGUCAUGAUUAUCCUGUAUGGAGUCGUCGGAGGAUCUGGGUUCGGUCUGAUCUACCUUCCCGCCAUUGUGAUGGUCGGUUACUACUUCGAUAAGAGGCGAGCCUUCGCUACAGGAAUAGCGGUGUGUGGUUCCGGAAUCGGUGGAUUCGUCUUUGCUCCAUUGUGUGUGUUCCUAUUGGAAACUUACGGUUGGCAGGGAGCGAUGUGGGUCAUUUCCGGUAUCGUUUUCAAUGGCGCCAUAUUUGCAUCAUUUUAUCGUCCACUAGAAGAAAAUAAAUCAAUUUGUAAAAGUGUCGAGUGCGAGCAAGUAUCAACAUGUGAUAUAAAAACUGAAAAAGAUCCUUUCAUUUUACAAGAAAAUGGAAAUAAAGAUAUGAAAACAAACGAUUUGGGACUAAAUCCCAUCUAUCGUUGUCGUUCUGUGGAAAUCAAAUGUGACAAGAACGGGAUGGACUGUGCCGCACGACUUGCAUUUAGCCAAGAUUUGUCAUUACUAGACACCGGAUCCGGAAGUCCAAAACAACAACAUGCGCACAAGAAUCAUUUAAGUCCUUUAGUGCGGAAGGAUAUAUUUUACAGUGGAAGUCUGGAACAUAUUCCUGAGCGAGCGGCAGCUAAAAGUGACUGUGAUUAUGUAGCUAAAAUGACUAUUCAUAGCAAUGAAGAUAUACCAGACAUGAACAAAGUCUCGUGUUGUUCGAGAUUUUGUGUUUUAUUUAAGGAGACUUUUGACUUUUCGUUACUGGCUAGCCCUACAUUUAUAGUGUAUGGCGUGUCAUGUUUUCUUUGUAUGUUCGGGUUUUUCAUUCCAUUUAAUUUUCUACCUGCCCUUGCCCAAGAUCUCAACCUCACAAUCGGCGAAGGCGCUCUCUUGAUAUCGAUCAUCGGCAUUUCUAACACAGUAACGAGGAUUCUGGUUGGCUGGGUUUCUGACCAAUCAUGGGCCGAUUGUCUCCUCAUUAAUAAUGUGGCGCUUCUGGUUGGAGGGCUGAUCACGUGCUUCGUGCCAUUCUACAAGAUAUACGCCGUCCUGGGUAUUUAUUCCGUGCUGUUCGGCGCGGCCAUUGCGGCGUUUGUGUCCCUGCGGUCAAUCAUUAUGGUGGAACUCAUGGGGAUUGAGAGACUGACCAACGCAUUCGGACUGGUCACUCUGUGUCAAGGAUUAUCUUCAUUUAUUGGCUCGCCCAUAGCAGGUGCAUUAGCCGAUGAGACCGGCGACUACAACAUUACGUUCUACCUGUCCGGAGUCACUUUGAGUCUCGCUGGGCUUAUCUGCUUCCCACUGCGGAGAAUUUCUAAGUGGGAAAACUCCAAGAGGACACAGAGAGAUGAAACAAUUGUACCUACAGUCUCCGUUUCUGAACCGGAGAAAAAACCGAUGCUAGAUCAAACAUAGGUUGAUAUUGAAAUUACUGUUAAAUUGUUUGAUAAAAAAACCGGAAUGUAAGCUGUUAGUGUAGCUUCUGGCUGGUGACGAGGGGAAGUUCUCGCCUUGAAAAAAUGUACUUGAGGAAUUUAAAUAACUCUCUAGUAAUGAAUCGUCAGUGAUAGAGGACUUGACACAGUCACUUUUUCUGUACGUCAUCAAGAACAUAGCGUACCAGCGUGUUGAGAUAUCAAAUGACAUUAAUUCGUUUCAAGGUCUAUCAAAUGAGGGUUGAGCAGUCUCUCAACACAUUUGACAUUCAACUGAUCAACUUUUUUUGCCAUCUACAUCAAACUGUUAACAAGAUACUGCUAAAUUAUAUCCCAAGAGAACAUGUCACCAGUAGAAAAAGAUUUGUGUGACGUCACUUCCGGAUUUGAUGCCAGAAUCUAUACCCUUGUCGCAAGGGAAGAGUGAAAAACGGCCAUUCAAAAAACCGUUAUAUCGCAGGUUGUGAUAACUGACAUAUCGCUAACUACGCCAAACAUUCUCGAUUUACAGAUAGACAUUUUAUCAUUAUUUUUUUACAAUAUAUAUAAUAUGAUAUCUGUAUAGGUAUAAUAUUGGGUUAUAAGAACAAUACAUGUGACGCAUGUUUCCAUUGUCUUCCUAAAAAUCCAAAAUGUGUAGAAUUUAGAAUCCGAAUGGUGUAGCAAUUAUAAAUUAUAGUACAGCGUGCUAAUUUAAUUCCUGUGGAUAUUACUUCGUGUUUAUUCAUGCGGGUGAUACCGCAUGCCUAUUCCAGUGAAUACUAUCGCAUGUUUAUUCAUCUGGAUAACAUUACAUACUUAUUCAUCUGGAUAAUAUUAGAUACUUAUUCCUUUAGAUAAUAUUAUAUACCUAUUCAUCUGGAUAAAAGUAUAUACUUAUUCAUCUGGAUAAUAUUAUAUACCUAUUCUUAUGGAUAAAAUUAUAUACUUAUUCAUCUGGAUAAUAUUAUAUACCUAUUCUUAUGGAUAAUAUUAUAUAAUUAUUCCUUUAGAUAAUAUUAUAUACCUACUCAUCUGGAUAAAAUUAUAUACUUAUUCAUCUGGAUAAUAUUAUAUACUUAUUCCUUUAGAUAAUAUUAGAUACUUACUCCUUUAGAUACUAUUAUAUACCUAUUCAUCUGGAUAAAAUUAUAUACUGGAUAAUAUUGUAUACUUAUUCCUCUGGAUAAUAUUACAUAAUUAUUCAUCUGGAUAAUAUUACAUAAUUAUUCAUCUCGAUAAUAUUAGAUACUUGUUCAUCUGGAUAAUAUUAUAUACUUAUUCUUAUGGAUAAUAUAACGUUCGUAUUUCUGUGGAUAAUUCUAUAUUCUUACCCCAGUAGAAAAUACGACGUGUUUAUAUCUUGAUUAAUCUACGUAAUUAUUCCUGUGGAUAAUUCUACAUCUUGUGAGUAAUUUGACGUAAUUAUUCCUGUGGAUAAUGUCGCGUUCUAUUUUUUUCGGAUAAUAUCGCAUGUUUUGUUCUUCAUUGGAUAAUAUUGCAUCCGUUUCUCUGUGGAUAAUACCGCGUUUUGAUAACUGUCGAUAAUACCGCGUUCUAAUAACUGUCGAUAAUACCGUAUGCUAAUUUCUAUGGAUACUACCGCAUGCUAAUUUCUAUCGAUAAUACCGCAUGCUAAUUUUUGUCGAUAAUAUCCGCAUGCUAAUAUCUGUGGAUAAUACCGUAUGCUAAUUUCUAUGGAUAAUAUCUGAUGCUAAUUUCUAUGGAUAAUACUGCAUGCUAAUUUCUGUCGAUAAUACAGCAUGCUAAUUUCUAUGGAUACUACCGCAUGCUAAUUUCUAUCGAUAAUACCGCAUGCUAAUUUUUGUCGAUAAUAUCCGCAUGCUAAUAUCUGUGGAUAAUACCGUAUGCUAAUUUCUAUGGAUAAUAUCUGAUGCUAAUUUCUAUGGAUAAUACAGCAUGCUAAUUUCUGUCGAUAAUACCGUAUGCUAAUUUGUAUGGAUACUAUCUUAUUCUAAUUUCUAUGGAUAAUACAGCAUGCUAAUUUCUAUGGAUAAUACCGCAUGGUAAUUUCUGUCGAUAAUACCGUAUGCUAAUUUCUAUGGAUACUACUGCAUGCUAAUUUCUAUGGAUAAUACUGCAUGCUAAUUUCUGUCGAUAAUACAGAAUGCUAAUUUCUAUGGAUACUACCGCAUGCUAAUUUCUAUCGAUAAUACCGCAUGCUAAUUUUUGUCGAUAAUAUCCGCAUGCUAAUAUCUGUGGAUAAUACCGUAUGCUAAUUUCUAUGGAUAAUAUCUUAUGCUAAUUUCUAUGGAUAAUACAGCAUGCUAAUUUCUGUCGAUAAUACCGUAUGCUAAUUUGUAUGGAUACUAUCUUAUGCUAAUUUCUAUGGAUAAUACAGCAUGCUAAUUUCUAUGGAUAAUACCGCAUGGUAAUUUCUGUCGAUAAUACCGUAUGCUAAUUUCUAUGGAUACUACCGCAUGCUAAUUUCUAUGGAUAAUACUGCAUGCUAAUUUCUGUCGAUAAUACAGCAUGCUAAUUUCUAUGGAUAAUACCGCAUGCUAAUUUCUGUCGAUAAUACCGUAUGCUAAUUUCUAUGGAUACUACUGCAUGCUAAUUUCUAUGGAUAAUACUGCAUGCUAAUUUCUGUCGAUAAUACCGUAUGCUAAUUUCUAUGGAUACUACUGCAUGCUAAUUUCUAUGGAUAAUACUGCAUGCUAAUAUCUGUCGAUAAUACAUCAUGCUUAUUUCUGUCGAUAAAUACCGCAUGCUCUUACCUUUCGAUGAUUAUACGUGCUUGAUCCUGUGGUUGAUAUAGAAUGCUUACUUCAUUGGAUAAUACCGCAUGCGUAUUCCUGUGGAUAAUACACGAUUAAUUAUCAGGAAUGAAAUCACGACGUUGGGUUAUUUUUUUCAUCAUUUCUCGUGAAUUAUAAAUAGAAUAACACACGGAAAGUUUUUUUUA